AUGACAGCAGAUGCUCAAAAGGCAACUGCAAGGGCGUAUGAUUACAUUGUGGUUGGAGGAGGUACAGCUGGGUGUCCCCUGGCAGCAACUCUCUCACAGCAUUACUCUGUUUUGCUAUUGGAGAGGGGGGACUCUCCUUACGGAAAUCCCGAUGUUGAGGACUACAAAGCGUUUUUCAAGAUUUUGGGGGAUCCCAAAACUUAUCCCUAUAUAACGCAGGCGUUUGUCUCAGAAGAUGGAAUGCAAUUAGCAAGGGCCAGAGUUUUAGGAGGCGGAACAGCUAUCAACGGUGGCUUCUAUAGCAGGGCAAGCUCUCAAUAUGUUCGGAAAAUGAAAUGGGAUGAGAAACUUGUGAACGAAUCGUAUGAAUGGGUGGAGAAGUUGAAUGUCUUCAAACCAAACAAACUUUUUACAUGGAAUUCUGCAUUCAAGGAUGGGCUUCUUGAAGCUGGAAUUCUUCCCAACAAUGGAUAUACUUUGGACCAUUUGGAGGGCACAAAGGUCAGUGGCUCAACUUUUGACAACAAUGGAAAGAGACAUACAGCCGCAGAUCUUCUACAGUAUGCAAAUCCAGAAAAUAUUAAGCUAAGGGUCGUGGAUGGCUCAAUUUACAAGGAUUCACCUGGUACCAAUCCACAAGCCACUACCAUGAUGCUUGGAAGGUAUAUGGGAGUUAAAAUCGUUCGACAACGUAUGAAGACUAGAAAUAUUCCAUGAUCCUACUAAAUUGAUAUAGGUGUUUAAAAUAUUUCAUUUUAAUG